CCUCUCGCGCGGAUAAGGCCCCUCCUCGUCCAUGGACAAGCUUUGUGGAGCUAGACUGGGCGUUUUGAGGAGGCCCCAUUGUGCAAAAACACAACUUUUCUAGCAAGUCCCGCAGCUGGAGUUAUUGCUUGCUAGUGUAUUGUCUAAGGUAGGUUUUUGGUGUGGAAUCCCCCGCCCCACAAUGGCAGCCAUGGCAUGCACCUCCGCUGCGUCGAAGACUGUGUUCACACCCCGCUUGGGAAGUGUGAAGUCCGUCAAGUCUGUGCGCUCUGUGCAGCUGACAUCUGCUUUCCAUGGCCAGAGCGUCGCGAGAGUGAGCCAGGUUGCGAGGUUCAAGAGUGCCGAUGUUGUGUCCAAGGGUGCCGGCAGGAGAGCCGUGGUGGUGUGCAAGGCUGCUGAUGGCAAGACUGUUGUGAUCGGUUUGGCUGCUGAUUCUGGGUGCGGGAAGUCGACGUUCAUGCGUAGGUUGACGUCUGUGUUUGGUGGAGCUGCGUCCCCCCCGAAAGGUGGCAACCCUGAUUCCAACACCUUGAUCAGUGACACUACCACUGUGAUUUGUUUGGAUGACUACCACUCCCUGGACAGGUAUGGUCGUAAGGAGGCGGCUGUGACCGCUCUGGACCCCAGGGCUAACAACUUCGAUCUCAUGUAUGAGCAAGUUAAGGCGUUGAAGGAGGGCAAGUCUGUAGAGAAGCCGAUCUACAACCACGUCACCGGGCUGUUGGAUGCUCCCGAGACCAUCCACCCUCCUAAGAUUCUCGUCAUCGAGGGUCUGCACCCAAUGUACGACGAGCGUGUGAGGGAGUUGCUGGACUUCAGUAUCUACCUGGACAUCAGCGACGACGUCAAGUUUGCCUGGAAGAUCCAGCGUGACAUGGCUGAAAGAGGACACAGCCUCGAGAGCAUCAAGGCCAGUAUUGCUGCCCGCAAGCCCGACUUCGAUGCCUUCAUUGACCCCCAGAAACAGUACGCCGAUGUAGUCAUCCAGGUGUUGCCCACUCAGCUCAUCCCCGACGACAACGAAGGGAAGGUCUUGAGGGUACGCAUGGUGAUGAAGGAGGGUGUGCCAUUCUUCGAGCCCGUCUACCUCUUCGACGAGGGCUCCACGAUCUCCUGGAUUCCCUGCGGACGCAAGCUCACAUGCUCGUACCCCGGCAUCAAGUUCUUCUACGGGCCAGACACCUACUAUGGCAACGAGGUGUCGGUGCUCGAGAUGGACGGCCAGUUCGACAAGCUCGACGAGCUCAUCUACGUAGAGUCCCACUUGAGCAACAUCUCCACCAAGUUCUACGGAGAGAUCACGCAACAGAUGCUGAAGCACGCCGACUUCCCCGGCAGCAACAAUGGCACUGGGCUGUUCCAGACCAUCUGCGGUUUGAAGAUCAGGGGCGUGUACGAGAGAAUUCUUGCCAACCAGAACAACGCAGCCACGCUAGAAUCUGCCAAGGCGUAGAUAGGAUCACUGUAAUUUUAUGAAUUCAGCAUCGGUGUUGUCUAUUCUGGUGAGAAAGCCAACGCUGGAUCGAUGGUGUUCCUGUCAACGAUUCUUCUGAUGAUCCUGGUUAGCGCGGCGAGGGUGGCAAGUUUUGUAGACGUUUUAUUCGUUGACUAGUCCCCAGGGCAGAGAGUCCGUCCGUCCUCUUCCUGUGCAGGUCCUCGCAAAUGCAAAGCCUUGUGAGCUCCAUCUCGUAAUCAUAAUUGCUCCUUUGCGUUUGUGCA